CUGCCUUUCAACUAAAAGCUUUUUGUGAUGCCAGUGGAGCAAAAUGGAGGGUGAAAGAGAGCUGAUGGGAGUGGUUAGACCAAAGAGGAGGGAGAAUAAAGGGCCACGCUCUCACCGUUGCCAGGGCAACUUGAUGUCACAGUGACAUCACGCGGUAUUAAAAGCUUUUAACCGGAUUUCUCUCCUGCCUUAGGCCCCAUUUUGAGUCCUCUUUCAGCUAGGCUAGGGGGAAGGGCACGGGCAGGACGGUCGUGGCAUGUGCUUCCUCGCAUGUUUCCCCUCCCUCCCUGCAGACUCAACUGACCUCUACUAACAGUAAAAAGGCUUUUAAAUUCAACCUGCAAAGGUCCUCAUCUUUGCAAAAAGAGAAAAGGAAAGAGUCAGCACAGCCUAAAAGAGAGGCCUUUAAAAAGGAGAAAAACAUGGCGACAGACGACGGUUUCAGCUACCUGAUGCCAGGCCACAGUGAGAAACACAGGAGGGCCCCGAACUGGACGGACGGCGAAAUGAAAGCCCUCCUGUACGUUUGGGAGGAAUUCCACAAUGAACUGAAGACCAGCAAGAGGAACGCCAAGGUUUAUGAGAAGAUCUCCCAGAGGUUCUUCCAGCUGACUGGAGAGCAGCGCUUCAAAGAGGAGAUCAAGAUGAAAAUCACCAACAUGUCCUUCCAGUUCAGGAGACUGAAAGCCACAGCCGCCGAGUCAGGCGAGGCUCCAGACUGGCCCUACUACAAACCCAUCGAGAAGAUCCUGGCCAAGCCGCUGGUGAACGGCAGGGUGAACUCCCUGGAUUUUCAGUCGUCCUCUGCAGGUCCCUCCACUUCAUCCCAGCCCACAGACAACUCUUUGUCCCAGUCAGAGGAGGGCUUGAUGGGAUUCUUGCCAGAAUACACGGGUUCCUCAGAUGAGAUGGAGAUAAAACAAGAGCUGGACUCGUUGAGCUCUGACAGUGAUCACACGCUGGGCUCCAGCUCCCAUCCCAUCUCAGGCAGGAAGAGACGUUCCAGGAAGUACCUGUCCCUGAAAAGGAAGAAGCUGCAGGUGAUGCAGGCUGUGCUGCAGCAGCAGAAGAGGUCGACCCGGGCCAUCGAGGAAACGUGCAGAGAGGUCCGUCGGUCCCUGCAGCAGCAGAACCUGCUGCAGGUCCAGUGUCUGCAGCUGCAGGAGAGGAUGAUGAACCUCCUGGAGAAGAUGAUCCAGCUUCCAGCCUCUACGUCAGCGGCGUGGGGUCAGAGUGGAUCCAAAGAUCAAGCAAAACCCUAAAGUUCUCCAGGAGAAACUGUAGAAUUUCCCUCUUAUAGGAAAAUUAGUGUCUUUCUUUUUUAGGAUUUCUCUUUAACUGCACUUGGUUUACUUACUGACCAGUAAAUCUUACAUGAGUGGUGAAGGUUUGCACCAAUAUAUGCUUUAACCAGUUAUGAGUCGACCUGAAAGUCAUUAACACGUAUUAAUCUGUGUAAAUACAAAUGUUAGCAAGAGUUCAGCUAGGUUUUCCAUUUUAGACUACUUGUAAAGAAAUAUUUCUUGAUAAUUUGCCAAGUACCUCAUUAAAAUCGUUAAACCAG